AUGCGGCUCUCUAGACAGGAUCUUCUAAGUCGCCACGAACGACUGUGCCACUCACUCGCUGGUGUUGAAGAACCGACUACAGCGGAUGAGGCAAAUCACCCCCAACUGGACAAUAACACCCUCAAUGUUCCGAUACAGCAUAGAGGUUUGACACCAGACCAACACACAAGUUUUCGGGAGAGUCCAAUCUACAACAGAUCCGCCGUGGAGUCCCAGAACGCAGAUCUGCUCUCCCCCGAAACGUAUGUUCCUGCUGGUACAUCUAAUAUUGAUGAUUCCUACUACCAGAUGGGUCUUGGCGCUGGUCAGCUAAAUGAGCUGGAUCCCUGGAAUACUGAUGUCUUCUCAUUCAACAAUGUCGUCCCGUCUCAUUUUCUGGACACCGAUAUCUCGCUUUGUGAUCUUUUCCAGCAAUUCCCCCACAAGACCAGCCAGCACAUCAGGCCUUUGACACCGGCAGAGCCACCAGCCCCCAAGAACCCGCCUCUUCCUCCACGAUUCCCUUCAACUAAUGAUCAGUUGCACAAUAGCAAUCUUGAUGCAGAAUCAGAUAUUGUGGGAUGUCCUUGGAUCCUGUCGUCCGCGGCAUAUAAACAAAUUUCAGAAAAGGUGGCGCAGAACAAGUCGAUUCUAUCUGACUUCAAACUUCCGUCCAAAUUCACACUCAUUCGUUACGUCGAAGGAUACUUUUGUGGGUUCCAUGGCCACGUGCCUUUUCUUCAUCCGGUUAUAUUCGACCCGCAAAAUAUCGAGCUUGAGCUAUUUCUUUCCCUGGCCGCGUGCGGGGCAUUAUAUCGGUUCGAACACGUCAAUGGCUAUCAAUUGUAUGAUGCUGCCCGAUGUCUCGUGGAACGAAGCUUUUCCAACCGCCGGCGCCGCACGAUGGUGAGCAUGACAGUUGGCUCCCCAGCUUCUAUUGAUAUAAGAGGGAAUUCAUAUUCUCCAUCAAAGACUUUGCAUGAGCCCCAGUCAGCUGGAAGUUGCAACAACCGCGAUGAGCAAGAUUCGCAAAUAUGUCUACAAAGGGCUCAGGCACUCAUCAUUCUCAUGGCCAUGAGUGCUUGGGGUGAACAGCCGCUUGUGCAAGACAGUCUAGCGAUGGGAAGUCAGCUUGCGGUGCUUGUACGGGAAAUAGGGAUCAACCAGCUAGAUGAUACGGCCGAUAUGAACUUGACAUGGACAUCCUGGGCCAUGCACCAGCAACGGAGACUUACCUUGCUCGUCGCAUAUAUCCUCUUUAAUCUCCACAGCAUCGCUUACAAUGUUCCACCGCUGAUUCCUAGUCAAGAAGUGGCACUCUGUCUUCCAUCUUGCGAGGCAGAAUGGAAGGUCAGUUCACAGGCAGGCUGGCAACGGUAUCGCCAAGGUCACUCUUACCGUGAACACGCUUUCACAGUAACAUUGGAUCGUCUACUCCAGGGCCGCAGUGUAUCCGAUUAUGCUGCCAUUUCGGCUUUCUCGAACUAUGUACUCAUACACGGUCUUGUCCAGAAGAUCAACCUUGAGCACCAAACCGUAACUUGUCUUCCUCAAGAUGGUUCUUCGAUGCGCCCGCAGUUACUAAAGCUAAUGGAGACGGCGUUACGAUCUUGGCAAUCCUCAUGGGAGGCCACGUACGAAUCAACACUUGAUCCUUGGCCUUGCCGUGACCUCAUCGCUGGCAAUUCAGCUCGCAUCCAACAAAUAUUCACUAGCACCGACACAGUAUGCCUUUCUCACUCUCCGUCAUUGGAUCGUGCUGUCCUACAGUGCAUUCACGCUCUCAGCAUUCCGGUCCGUGUCGGCAUUCCAUACUUGGCACGGACCCAAACUCUGCACUGGAGCAUUCAACACUCGAUAUGCAGCCUGGAAUGCGCGUUCCUCUUGACUAGAUGGAUGCAAGAUAUUGCUAAAGCUGUCAGUGUCGGCGGAAUGACAGCGCUGCGCGGAGAUGAGCAGAAGCUGCUGCUUGCUAUGAUAACGAGUCUAAUUCAAGAGACAAAUCUUGAAGGGACGUUGGAAGAUCAGGAGGAUAUUUCAACUCGGAUUAAUCGUCUCGCAGCUUCAACCGCUCGACUUUGGGCGGAAAUAUCCAGUGCCACCCAUGUUUUCAAUAUUGUUCAUCGUAUCGGGGCUUCCUUGUCUACCGUUGCUGAUAUUUUAGAAUCUCAACUGCCCCCGCCUCGUGUUCCUACCUAG